GAUUCUGCCAGAAAUGUUUGACAUCUUUUCCAGGGCACGUGAAGAUAUAGUCCUCCCCUUCUCAUGUCCCUUCAAAGAGAAUGAUGGGAAAUAUAUGCACGAUGUCCUUGAUGCCGAAUAACACGAAUGUUGUCAUUUCAAUCCUGAGCUCAAAUAGAAAUCCUGAAACCUGAGGAGACGACGUCCUGCAGCGGAAACUGGAGAGAUGACUAUUUCCGCUUCCACAGCGGGUUUACUCUCACCUGUGAGUGGUAUUUGGGAAUAUCAAUCCCUGAAAUGCUGGUACUCAGUGAACCAUCUUUCCUCCAGAAUGGCAUUCAUUGGCGGCGGAAGAGCAUGCAUUGGAUUCAAGUUUUCGAAACUUGAGAUGAAGAUGGUCCUUUGCAUUCUCCUACAAACGUUCAAGUUUACUUCUGCGCAAGAGAUCGAGUGGACCACGCAGGUGUCAUAUCCGAAGGUCAAAGGUUCUGAUAAUGCGAAGUGGCAGUUACCUCUCCGAGUCGAGAUGGUAUCAACCUGAAUACGUGCGGCGCCAGAUAG